GCGCAUGUGUGAGGACCUGAAGAUGGACUCGCUCAUCAUGUCCGAACUAGAAAAGCCUCACGGAGGUUGCGGUGGUGGUGACGCAGGCAGCCGCGAGUACUACCCGUCGCCGUACGCAUCCUCUAAGCUGCCCGACAUCUCUCGACGUGGCAGCGAAGGCGACGACGGUGACGAGCCUUGCCCCCGCGCCAUGGCCGCUGCUGGAGUCUCCAUGUCACCGUACGCCUCGGCUAGGAUGGUCGAGCACACGUACGACGUGCCUCAGCACCCGCGGGACGGCUCGAAAUCACAUGCAUUCAAAAGCGAACUUAAGCACUCGUUAUGUAACGACAAGCUCCAAAACCACAUAGAAAUGUGCAAAAAGGAGCAGUACUAUCAGCGGCUCGCUGGUAAAGGGCGCCCGUCGGCGUACGGUUAUAGCGGCUGUCAAGAACCCAUCAAUCACUCGUCGGGCACCGCUUAUCGCUGGUCCGAGCCCGGCGAGUCCGACCGGCCGGACAGGUGGUGUUUAAGUGAACGGGACUUGCACUUGAGCGCAUUUCACACGCCUUGUACUGGAGGAAAUUUGCCUGAGUUUAAUGAAAUGUCGGACACCGAGUGUGACAGGGACCUGGAGCGACUUGAGCAGGCAGAGAUGAAAUAUCGUUCGUCGCUCCAACGGCACAGCUUGUACGCAUCUGUCCAAUAGAAAAGCAGCGAAAUGAACAGGAAGACCACCGACGGGGCCUCAAUGUUUUUUUCAUAUCAACGUGACUUCUCCAUUGCCUUGACACCAGAGAGAUAAUCAA